GCGGGCUCGCCGCCGCCUUCGACCGCCCGCGCAGCGUCGCCGUCGACGCCGCCGACAACGUCUACGUCGCGGACCGCGCCCGCGUCGCCGGCCACCUCCACGGCGUCGUCCGCAAGGUCGCGCCCGACGGUGAGUGGCCGGGUCACACUACUACGAUUGCCGGAGGACUGUCAUCAGGGUCUGGUCGCAGGGAUGGACCGGCACAGAAUGCUACCUUCUCAACAGAAUUUGAGCUCGUUUAUGUCCCCAAAAUAUGUGCAUUGUUAGUUGCUGACAGAGGGAACCGAUUGGUUAGACAAAUCAAUCUGAAGCCAGAAGACUGUGCACAUGACACACAUUCAGGCUUGGGUACUACAUCGGUGUCAGUCAUUGCCAUAUUCUGUGCACUACUCGGUUCAGUAAUUGGGUUUUUAGUUCGUCACUUUUACCCCAUCAAUGAAAUCUCCAUCAACCACUUUUUCAGCAGGAUGCAGAAGCAAUACCGGAGAACCCAGAGGAAGGCAACUCUGAUCAGCUUCUGCGACAUCAAAAGCGCAGUUGCUAGCUCCAUGGCCUACACCCUCCUGCUUAAACUGGUCAAAGUUAGUCGUGGCUAUCUUGCCAUGGCGUUCCCUAGUGUUAGGUUACAGCAAGAAGUUCCCCGUAAGCUUUAUCGUCCUGAGCUACGCCGUACUAGCACUUCCCCUAACAUUGGUCUUUGCAACAAAGCUCCUCUGGCUCCUCCUGAGCAACAGGGGGAUCUGAUAAGCUUUGCUGGAGAUGAUGAUAAGGAGGAUAGUAGUAAUGCCAAUAGUCAGGGGGCUAAGAAGCCAUCCUUUGACUACGACUUGAUGGGGCUUGUCUACACCCCACAGGUCAGCACUAAUAAGAUAGAUCACAUGAUCGAGGCCAACCUGUCAGGCUUUUCAGGUCAUGAGGAACGUUGUAGCUUAACUGUUAGUAGUAGUUACAGUAUAAGCAGGAGGAGGGUGCAUGGAGAUAAAUAAGGUUCUCUGAGCCUAAGAUUGCCCGUCUUUGAGCAUUCAGGAGGAAGACGAUUACCUGUGUAACCGUGUUCUGCCUGCUGCUCCUGCGUUGACUAGAUAAAUUUAUACUGCUCCAGCACCAGUGUUUGCCUUGUAAAUAAGUAAAACAAGUGCGUACCAAGUGUUAGUAACUUCGUAUAUAAAGUGGUUGUGGCAUGUAAUGUGUCCUGGGUAUUGUAGGUACGUGUGAUGAACUGAUAUGCCUUCAACUGUUAUUCUGGUGUAACAGCAUCCAGUAAUGUGUGCAGUUGUUUUUCAUGAUCCGGUAGCUGGCCGGUCAGAAAGA